ACGGAAAUUAUCAAAAUUUUAGAUUGUUGAUUUUUUCGGUAAAUGAAUGCAGUUGAAGAUGAACAGUACAAGUGAAAUGAUAAAUUUGUAUAGAAAGGAUUUAAAUUUCACGAACAUAUCUGAUGAAUACCGAACACAAGAUAUGCCGAAACACUUGAUGGCCAACGUUGGGGUUCUUUCUUUAUAUCUUAUUAUUGGUGUGAUAGGAAAUAGCAUUGUUCUAGCUGUAUACAGAUUUCAAAUGAAGGGUAAAGAAGAGAGAUAUUUCAUUCCAUUUUUGGCAGUGUCGGAUAUGCUGACAUCGGUUGUGGGUUCCGUAAAUUGUAUAAUGUUAGAUGUGAUGCAAACGACUUUCACCAACAAUAUUCUAUGUAAAAUAGUAUUUUACACCAUUGCUUUAACAGCAGGAAUUUCUUUAUUUCUUUUACUUUCUAUUGCGGUACAACGGUAUUUAAUAAUAUGUAGACGUCAUAGGCUUAAUUUGAACACUCGAAAAAUAAUGGUUGCCGUAUCUGUAUGUUUGUCAGUUGCUUGCUCCGUACCGUUUGCAGUGAACUAUGGCGUAAAUGAACACUUUAGUGAGAGUCGAUUGGUUGGAUACCGGUGUGGAAGACUUAAACAUGGUGUCUACCUCUCUGGAUUAGUGUAUGCAAUAUUUUUUAUAACUCUAAUGUUGUUUACUGUUCUUGCACUUGUUUUUCUGUAUGGAAGAGUCGGAUGGGUUAUUUUUAAACAUUUCAAUGCGCAGAAAUUUAAGCAAACAAAUUUAUCGAAAGAGACCAGUACAGCAGAAAAAUUACCAAACGAUUCGAUUACCAAUAAUCUUCAAAGUAAAACACAAGAACUGAAAAAUACUGACGGUUCCUACUCCAAAUCAGCAGUCAAUACGGAAUGGAAGAAUGAUUCAAGCAUUGAGCCAACUCAGUCAUCUGACGUCUACACAGAAACCACAGCACCCGAAUGUUCAUCUUCCGCCACUAAAAACGGAAAUUCUACUCUGCCCAAACGCUUGAAAAAAACAAACCGGUCAAAGAAAAGAAGACGUUUCAAAAACAAGUUUACUUUAAUGUUUAUUCUAAUAACUGCUGUGUCAAUCGUGUGCUAUAUGCCGGUCGGAAUGGUUGUUUUGUUAGAAGGCAUAUUUCCAGAUUUUUGGGAAAGGCUGUCUGAAACAGUAGCUGCCACUGUUUUAUGGCUGUAUCAUACAUACAUUAUUAACAGUAUUGUAAACCCCAUAAUAUAUGCGUUUAUGGAUGCAGAAUUUUCUACAGCCCUUAAAGCGCUUUUUGAAAAAUGUAAAUGUUCUAAAAAUUAUUCCAAAUAAAGUCUCGAUAACAUUACCAAUA